AUGGACCCUUCAGCGAUCAUGGACCCGGCGACGGGCCGUCCUCUUCCCCCCGACGCGAUUGUACGCAUUCUCCACAUAACCAACAAAGUGCACGUCUACUCCCUCCCGCGCGACGCCGUCUCCACCACAGCAGGCUACGCCGCCGCCUCCUGGACCACCGACCCACGCAACCACAUCUUCACCGCGCGCCUCCGCGUCCUCGAAACUUCCUUCACCUCCUCCCCAUCCCAACCCACCCCCGAAUCCACCACCCCCGAACCACCAACCCCCCCUCAAACCGACGCCGACGACGCCCCGCAACACCUCAAAGUCGACAUCCUGCUCGAAGACCCGUCCACAGGCUCGCUCUUCGCCGCCGCCCCGUACACCGCCGCCGCCGCCGUCGAGCCCACCACCGACAGCUCGCGCUUCUUUGCCCUGCGGGUGCGGGACCCGGCCUCGGGCCACAAGGCCACGCUGGGGGUGGGGUUCGAGGAGCGUAGUGAGGCGUUUGAUUUUGGCGUUGCGCUGCAGGAGGCGGGGAGGGCGUUGGGUUGGGCGCCUCCGGGGGCUGGGGGUGGGGUGGGAUCGGGGGGAGGUGCGUUGGGUGGUGGUGGGGGGAAUGGUGGUGGUGGUGUUGGUGCUGGGGGGAAUUUGUUGGGGGGGUUGGGGGCCGGGGAGGAGAAGAGGGACUUGAGUUUGAAGGAGGGGGAGACGAUUACCGUGAACCUGGCGGGGACGAGGUUUGGGCGCCGCGCGGGCAGGUCGGACUCGCAGGGCGAGAAGAAGGAGGGGGAGGGGGGGCAGAGCCUGGCGUCGUUUGCCCUGCCGCCGCCGCCGCCGCCGAGCGCGCGGGAGGUCAGGGCCCAGAAGAGGCUUAGCGCUCAGCAGCUGGGCUUUGAUGAUGGGCAGUUUGGUGAGUUUGCUUGA